CUAAUUCUUUUGCUUCCAUGCAGAUGUCAGAGAUGGGUAGAGAACUGUCGAAGGGCAGACUUGGAAGAUAAAACUCCAGAUCAACUCAACAAGCAUUACAGAUUGUGCGCUAAACACUUUGAGACUUCCAUGAUCUGCAGAAGCAGCCCUUACAGAACGGUUUUACGGGAUAAUGCUGUGCCAACUAUAUUUGAUCUCACAAGUCACUUGAACAAUCCGCACAGCAGACAUAGGAAAAGGAUAAAAGAACUGAGUGAAGAUGAAAUAAGAACAUUGAAGCAACAAAAGAUUGAUGAAACUUUUGAACGGGAACAGGCAACUCAAGAAUUGAAUGAAAGCAAAGAACAAAACACUGUCUCAGAGGAAGGAGGGGAAGAAGUAGAGGAAGAAAUUGUCCCCUUAACACUGGAAGAAAGAGAAAACAAAGAUUACCUUAAAUCUUUGUUUGAAAUUUUAAUCCUAAUGGGUAAACAAAAUAUUCCUUUGGAUGGCCAUAAUGUCGAUGAGCUUCCAGAAGGUAUUUUUACUUCAGAUAACUUUCAGGCUCUACUGGAAUAUAGAAUAAAUGCUGGAGAUGAAGUUCUGAGGAAACGAUUUGAGAUGACUGCAGUCAAUCUUGAGUAUUGUUCGAAAACUCAGCAGAAACAAAUGCUUGAGAUCUGCGAAAGCUGCGUGAGAGAAGAGACACUGAGGGAAGUAAGAGACUCGCACUUCUUUUCUAUUGUCACCGAUGAAGUCGUAGACAUAGCAGGAGAGGAACACUUGCCAGUGUUGGUGAGGUUUGUUGAUGAUUCUCAUAAUCUGAGAGAAGAAUUCAUAGGAUUCUUACCGUACGAGGCCGAUCCUGAAAUGUUAGCUGUGAAGUUCCACACGACUAUCACUGAAAAGUGGGGUCUGAACAUGGAGUACUGUCGAGGUCAGGCCUACAUUGUCUCCAGUGGCUUUGCUUCGAAAAUGAAAGUUGUGGCUACAAGACUCUUGGAAAAAUAUCCACAAGCUGUGUAUACGCUGUGUUCCUCAUGUGCCUUAAAUAUUUGGCUGGCAAAAUCUGUCCCCGUUGUUGGUGUUUCUGUUGCGUUAGGAACAAUCGAAGAAGUUUACUGUCUUUUUAAUCAGUCUCCACAAUUACUAGUAGAACUGGACAACACGAUUUCUGCUCUUUUUCAGAACAACAAGGAGAAGGGUAACCAGCUGAAGGAGAUCUGUCGUUCUCAGUGGACAGGCAGGCAUGAUGCUUUUGAGGUUUUGGUGGACCUCGUGCAAGCCUUGGUGCUGUGCUUGGAUGCGGUAAGCAGCGACUCAUCCGUCAGGUGGAACAACUUUAUUGCCGGCCGAGCGUUUGUUCUUUCAGCCGCGUUAAGAGAUUUUGACUUCCUUGUCACGAUUGUAAUUCUGAAAAACGUUCUGUCUUUCACAAGAGCGUUUGGAAAAAAUCUCCAAGGUCAAACAUCAGAUGUAUUCUUUGCAGCUGGCAGCUUAACAGCAGUGUUGCAUUCUCUGAACGAAGUGAUGGAGAAUAUUGAAGUUUACCAUGAAUUUUGGUUUGAGGAAGCGACAAAUUUGGCUGCGAAACUGGAUGUACAAAUUAAACUCCCAGGAAAACUUCGCAGGGCGCAGCAGGAGAACUUGGACUCUGAUGUAACGUCGGAAAAUUACUACAAAGAAAUCCUUAGUGUCCCCACAGUAGAGCACAUUAUCCAGGAAUUAAAAGAUAUAUUCUCAGAACAACAUUUAAAAGCUCUGAAGUGUUUGUCGUUAGUGCCCUCAGUCAUGGGGCAGCUCAAAUUCAAUACAUCAGAGGAGCAUCACGCCUACAUGUACAAAAAUGACUUGCCUAAUCCAGACACGCUGUCUGCUGAGCUUCACUGCUGGAGAAUCAAGUGGAAGCACAGAGGAAAAGAUAUUGAACUUCCAGCUACUAUUUAUGAAGCACUUCACUUGCCUGACAUCAAGUUUUUCCCCAACGUUUACGCCUUGCUUAAAGUCCUGUGCAUCCUUCCAGUGAUGAAGGUGGAGAAUGAAAAAUACGGAAUGGGGCGGAAGCGCUUAAAGGCAUACCUGAAAAACACCUUGACGGAGCAAAGGUCGAGCAACCUUGCUUUGCUCAACAUCAACUUUGAUAUAAAACAUGACUUAGACUUAAUGGUGGACACCUACAUUAAGCUCUAUCCAGACAAAGUGGAAUUUCCAGACUUUAUUCCUUCAAACAACUCUGAAGUAACAGCAGAUGCUUAAUUUUUAAGCUCUAAUCUGUUGAAACAGCUUUUUCUUCAUUGGGUUUCAACGCUGAGGGGGGAAAAAUCGUGAAAGCUGAAAAGUCACUGCAAUUGUGUUUCUGUUUUAGUUCUUGGAAUGAAGAAGGUGUGGUCAGUGACCCAAAUUAGGUUUUGUUAGUCUGCAUUAAAUGUGUCAUGUGAACAAAACAGCCUGAAAAUAAACCUGUGCUCUUGGCAGAGGUGGUUUCUACAUCUGAGUGACUUAAUUAGCUGCUCGUUUGCUUUAUUGCAUCUUGGAAAAAGUACAUUGUGAUUGUAGAUCUGAUGGGGGUGUCACAUUAGGAUAAGGAAAAAAACCCUCAAAAUGUUAAAAAGACUGUAAUCCAUUUCAGUUCUGUUACUUGGGAUUUUAUUCU